AUGUUUUGUAGUAAUCAAACCAGAAUUCCAGCCAUCUCGACUACCAGAAGCACCCUUCCUUUUGGGCAAAUUAAUGUGAGAACAACGUAAAAGCAUCUGAGAGAAAACUGACGGUCUCCAUCUACGCUCAAGAUCAACUCCUCCCCUUCAAUUUUGUUGAUGCGCAACUCCAGUGCCAAAUUGAAAUCAGUGGCAUAUUGCGUAAAGCUGAGAAUGUUCGAAUUGCGGAUGAUGUCGUGGCACUGGAUAAAGAUGAAUAUUCCAGUUGUGUCAUUGAUUGUUUGGACUAUGGGGAUCAGACAACAGCACGAGAGUCACCUGAGAUUGGAGAAGAUGUGUCAAAAGAGGCAGAAGCGUCUAAUGAAGUCGUUCAAGUGCGACCCUCAGAGACAACAGUGCGAACCACACGGCCAGGAAGAACACCGCGACCCCGAGAUCAAUCAU